CUGAAACGGGUUCCUUUCUAAUGAUCCUCACCUGUGAUGCUUAACUACAAAUCAUCUAACUCCACUUUUCAGGAGGAACCAGAAUACGAGGAGCCCCCGGCCUUGCCACCACGCUUGGACGAUUUUGAGGAACCAGGCGCCCCUCCUCUGCCUGAAAGGUCAAUAGAUGUGGAUGAUGAUGAUGGAGAGUAUGAAGACAUCGGUCAUCCCCCUCCUCUUCCUCCUCAGCGUAAAGCUGACGAGAACGACUAUGAAGACCUGACAUGUGGCCAGAAGGCAAUAGCGAUUUAUGACUAUAUUGGAGAGGCCGAUGACGAGAUCUCCUUCAAUCCAGACGACAUAAUCUACAACAUAGAGAUGAUUGACGAGGGCUGGUGGAAGGGACAGUGUCACGGACGUACCGGUCUGUUCCCGGCCGCUUACGUUCAGCUGAUCGAGUGAGCAACACGCUCCCAAAGUCUAUUUUUGCACAAGCUUCACUUAAACAAACUUCAAUAUUGUUGAACAGGAGGAGGAAUUUGUAUUUAACAAUCAAAUCAGAGCAAAUUUUUAAAAUCAGUUGAUUUGUGUAAUAUUUCGCUUUGAAUGUGCCGACUGAAAAAGCAUCAGGCCAAACUUGAUCAGGAGCAAACGUGUACACCUCUGCAAGGAACUGAUGGUAUAUGACCUUAUUCUUCAUUUCUUUCACUGGAUUUUUAUUUUACCAAUGUAAUCACAGUUAUGACCAGAAAUGGCUCUGCUAUUCUAAUAAAAGCUUCCUGGU